UUGAGUUGAUUUCCGAAUCGAAGACACCUUUACUUGCUGGCAGAAUUAGUGAGAUUCUUUUCAAGUUCUCGUGCAAUCGCGACAUUUGUGUUUCAAAACGAUACUGUAAAAGGGCCUCUAGUGUAUUAGUCUUUGUUCUGCGAUUGUGCGAUUGUUUUGCUGCAAAACUGUUGGGCUCGGAAGCAAAUAUCGGAUUUUCCUCCGCCCAUUCAGGCCACGCCAAUUUCGCUUGUAUAUCCUAAUAAGGCAUUAUGCGUUACGUAGUGUUAGAAUAGUGAGGAAGGAAGAGGCAGCAAAACUUUCAAGAUCAAGUUGUGGAAAAUCUAAGAUAUUCCGGACGUAUCCGGAUUGUAUUCCGGUCGUUGCUAGGAUUGCAGUGUUAACUGGUGCCGCAACAGUCAUGGUUUAGUGAACAUUGGCAACCGUAGACUACGCAGUCUGCAUUCGUAUGCAGUGGCAGCUUGGCUAAAGAAUAAAACGCAACCAGGAGAACGAAGGUUACCUCGCAUUGAUCAACUGCAGCAGCAAUAACGACAAUAAACCAACGAGCGGAAAGCUGCAGACGUCUUACUAAAUUCCAUCCAAGGACUGCGUCAUCUAGCCACCCAAAAAGUGCACACAACAAUUCUGUCGAUCAUCCGACAAACCGGCAAACAACAAGUGAGCAUUUCAACGGCGGCUACACAGUUGAAAAGACCUUGAGAAACGUAACUUUUGCAAGCCGUCAGCCUAGUUCAAAUUCGUAUAUCAACGUCGUUAAGAGCGUCAGUGACAUCCCUAGCUCACACUCUGUCUUUCUGUAUCCCGAUUCAACAAUUCCUUCUAAUUUUUGUUGCUUCCAAAGCCACCUUCUUUAGUCUCUUUUUUAGUUUACCCUUAACCAUUCUCCAGUUUCCUCUUAUGAUUUAUCACCCCUCCACGACGUUCCGUUGGUUAUAAUGUAUUGGAACGAAGAUUCGCUGAGGAGAAACAACUAUCUCAACGCCCAGUCGUGUCAAACCUACGUUAGUAAAAAGAGCGAAGAACUUCGAAGCUACAGCCGGUUGUCCUUUAGCGAGUCCUCCACGGUACCCCAACGUAAGACUGACGACAAUCGUUGCAACCAAAAGCUGCAAGCUUGUGGUGCUGUCAGCUUUUGUGGUAACAGUAGUUUAACUUCUUUUAGUAUACCUCAGAAGAAAACAGUUGACGGUUGCGUGCUAAGAAAUCAAAUUUCCACACGCUGUUAGUUUAUUGUUUUUUUUUGCUAACCCCCGUUUACAUUGGAAUUAGCGUUUAGCGUUUCACCCCACAAUAAUCAUUAAUUAAGGCAACGGUUGAUCUUUUUUUAUCGCUCGCCGUUUGUUUGAAAAAAAUAAAACGUUGGUAAUUAAAUGUAAAAUUUUUGCUAUUUCCUACGUAUGAAACGAUUGAAUAUAUCCAACUAGAUUAAGUGUAACCCAGAAAAUUUAAUUAAAAGUAUCAUUUUACUAUUACUACAUACUCGGCUGUCACAAAGAUAUACGUUCGAUUCUUAGGAUCCAAAUUAAUUAUAAUCAAAAUCAUCGCUCUAGGACAAAGUCUUUGUAUCUCUUUACUAACGAUUUCGCACUCUUAGCACAAUACCAAAAAACAUAGUCAAAGCCGGUAGUUUCGACUGCUAAUUCAAAUUUUGUUUUGACCUUUUAUUAGUUUUUUUCUCCUUCUGCAAAUGUAAAAAAUCCAAAGAUCCUGAAAGCUUAUCCUAGUCCUACGCUUACACUACUAUAGCUUUGAAAACAAACAAACCAACUCAAGGUAAAAUCGGAAAGCUCACCGACCGAUGGCCGCGACACGACAUCGUGAGUGCACAAAAGAAAAGCCCCAGUAGAAAAACAAACUGUUACUUUCCGUUUCAAGCGACAGCAGAAAAGACAGAAACGUUUCAGCAGCGCAAAAAAGUUAAUGGGUUUUGCAGUUUCUCUCGGGGGUUUCUAGAGAAGACGUACUAAUCCCUGGCUGUCAGGUUGAUGGAAGUGUUCUGAAUUGCAAACGUCGAAUUAAAGUGCUAGUAAAAAAAGUGAAAUUAGGAAAAUUGAAUUGGUUACCUUAACCAGUAACCGAUAUCAACGCAGGAGUGAACAGACCGGACCGUCAGGAGAAUUUGGUGAAGCGAGAGAGCGGCAUUUUCGGCGGAUGAUUCAAACAUACACCCGUACAAUGCCGCAAUAAUGCUGUACAAAUGGGAGCAACAAAAAGAGCAUGUUUUAGCAGAAGCAAUUCAGCGCAAGCAACACCAUCUGUAAACAGUCAGGACUCACAGCAACAAAGCUCACGAGCUACAGCGAAUCUCAACAACAACAACCGACUGCGACGAUUGCGUUCUGCUAGUCAAUCAACCUCGUCAUCCAGUUUGAAUAACAUCAACAACAAUAACAACACUACCCCCAGUGCAAACAGUACUAAUAGCAACAGCCGUCAAUCGAACCGACACGCCACCUCGGCUCAUCGGUCCCCCGGAGCCAAUACUGCAGCAAUCACGGGUGGACUAAUCUCAAGAGUGUUUGAUAGUAGUAGUGCAGCAACAACAGCAGCGUCACCGACAACGGCCGGCAGUAACAACAAUCGUGGUUCACCGGGUGAGAAGAAGCCGCCUUCGGCCAACAUCUCCAGCAGCAAAAACGAUGACAAAAUGGAUGAAAGAAGGCAAUCGCAACCGAAAACUCCAACCAAAACUCAGCCGCAACGGGAUACAACACCUGCGAGCCGCAAAAAGGGCACCGUGGUUGAGCCGACUUGCCCUGAACGCGAUCGCGAUCGAAAGCAGCAAGAAUCGCCCAAAAAGCACACUCAACAUAGUCCAAAGACGCCUCCCGAAUCGGAACAAAAUACCCCGACGAUAGAGAACAUGGAGUUGGCUGAUUUAAAGCCUAAACCGCGCAUCAAAGCGCUAACCAAUGAUUCUGGUAUCGAGGGAGAACAACAAUCCCACCAGGAUGAAGAACAAGAGGAUAUCCCUGAAGAGACGGUGCUGAUUGAACGGAGACGAUUGAGCUCCGCAGCAGAAAUGUCCUCUCCAGAUGGACCGGUCAGCUCUCGCCAGCAUCUGGUUUCGCCCGAAUCGGAUGGCUCGCUAAAUCGUAGCAAUUUGCGCUUCAUUCGUAAAAGUCUAGAAAACUCACAAGCCGUCGCAUACUCGAAGAAUUUCAUUGAUAAUGACACUAUCGAGACGGAGUAUCCCCGUAACUUGGACGAUAACAUCGAGAUACUGAGCAGAGAGGCAGAAAACUUGGCACUGCAGUUUAAGCCCUCCGAGGAAAAACUGGUACAGUAUGGACCAAUUUUUGAUCUGGAAAAAUUCGAAGAGCAGCGCAAGCAGCAAAAGAAGGAAGACGACGAAGAUGAGGCGAUCGGAAUAUCACCGUGCGGUAGAUUCCUGAAGUACGACAAAGAGGUCGGCCGGGGAUCAUUCAAAACGGUUUACCGUGGACUUGAUACACAAACCGGUGUGGCCGUGGCAUGGUGCGAGUUACUGGAUAAAAAAGUCAACCGAGUAGAGCGCGCCCGUUUUCGCGAGGAAGCGGAAAUGCUUAAAAAACUGCAACAUCCUAAUAUUGUGCGGUUUUACAACUACUGGGAAUCACCACCAAUAGCUGGAAACAAGAAAAAGAAUAUUGUACUGGUGACAGAACUGAUGCUGUCUGGUACACUAAAGUCAUAUUUACGCCGCUUCAAAAAAAUCAAUCCGAAAGUGCUCAAAUCAUGGUGCCGUCAGAUACUGAAGGGGUUGCAUUUCCUACAUUCACGCGCACCGCCUAUCAUCCAUCGUGAUUUGAAAUGUGAUAAUAUAUUUAUAACUGGAACCACAGGCAGCGUCAAGAUUGGUGAUCUGGGCCUGGCCACACUGAAGAAUCGUAGCUUCGCCAAAUCGGUGAUUGGAACUCCUGAAUUUAUGGCUCCGGAGAUGUACGAGGAACACUAUGACGAGGCGGUCGAUGUGUACGCCUUCGGUAUGUGUAUGUUGGAGAUGGCCACUAGCGAAUAUCCUUACAACGAGUGCAAUACGCCGGCUCAAAUCUACAAGAAGGUGACAUCUGGCAUCAAACCUGCAAGUUUGGAAAAGGUAGAGAACCCAGAAGUACGGGAAAUCAUCGAACGGUGCAUUCACGACAAAAAGGAAAAUCGACCAACAUGCAAAGAACUUUUGAAUUUUGAAUUCUUUUGCGAAGAUAUCGGAGUACGAUUGGAACCUAUAUCGAAGGAAAUUUUCAUUGCGAACCCGGAAUGUACCAAGAUGGAGUUCAGGUUACGCAUCCUAGAUCCUAAGAAGCGUGUCAACAAACACAAGGAAAAUGAAGCAAUUCAAUUCGAUUUUGAUACAAGAGUUGACGAUGCGGAUGAAAUUGCUAGUGAUAUGUAUAAAAGUGGGAUCUUGAUGGAGGAUGAUUCCAAAACGGUAGCAAAAAUCUUAAAGGUGCAAAUUCAAACGAUGCUGAAGGAAAAGGAAGAGCGUGCACGACAGGUGCAGCUUGAAAAAGAGACUGAAGCGUUGCAGAAGCAAGCGGCGCUAGCACAACAGAUUUAUGCCCAACAGCAAAGCCAAAUGGAAUGCUGUGAAGCUCAACCAUUAGAAUUACAUGUUCCUCAAAUGGUUGGUCAAGGAGUUCCAAUCCCGCAGCAACAGACCUUCUAUCAACCCUCAUCUUUGCCUACCUCGCAGGCACAGCAAAUCAUCUAUCAACAACAAAUUUCAGCUCCUGUUGGUAAUGAACAGAUGAUUCAAAAUUAUUCAAAUCAAGCCAAUCAAUAUUUGAAUCAGCAGCAGCAACAACAGCAAAUGAUUCAACAGCAACAGUUCCUAAACCAAAUGCCUCAGAUUUCCCAACAAAUGCAAAUCCCUUGCAGCAUACCUCAGCAAACUCAAGCCGCUCAACAGCAAACAGUUGUGCAAGCUACUCAACAGCAGCAACAACCUCAGCAAGUAUUCAGUGAUCCCCAACAGCAACAGCAGUAUUUUCAACAAAUGCUGCAACAGCAAGCGCUAAUUCAACAGAUGCAGCAACAGCAAAUCCCAAUGCAGCAACAGAAUAAUGUACAGUACAUGAACCAGAUUUCCCAGCAGCAACAGCAGGUAUACCAACAACAAUUGAUCCAACAGCAAUUACUUCAGCAACAUCAUCUGCAGCAUCAACAAAUUCAACAAGCUGUAAUCCAAGAUCAAUUUCCCACUCUAGAACAACAACUGCAGGCAGUUCUUCCCAUUCAACAUCAUUCUCAGCAACCACAACAACCCCAGCAACCGGUUCAACAGUCACAACUUCAAACUCAGUUGAUUCCGAAUCAGCAACAAUUUUCGCAACAAUCUCAGAUGAUUCACGGUCAAACCAUUCAAACUGCCCAAAUAACACAUCAACAUCAGAUGCACAUUCAGCAACAGAUACAAGAGCAUAUGCAACUGCAUCAAAGUUUACCCCAUCCAGUAAACAUGAUUCCUAACAAUCCUCAAACAUCGAUUAAUCAUCAACAAAUCACUCAACCGCAACCUCAGCCUCCGCAACAAUUGCCACAAUCCCAGCCUCAACAACAAUUCGUUACGCAGCCGGUGGUCAACCAUAUUCCACAACAAGUCUCGAUCCAGCAGCAAAUCUCUCAAGUUCAGCAAAUUCCACAGCAACAGUUACAGCAGCAACAAAUUCAGCAACAGAUCUACUUUCAACAGCAACAACAGUUGCUACAACAGCAGCAGCAACAACAACAACAGCAGCAGCAGCAACAACAACAGCAGCAGCAACAACAACAGCAGCAACAACAGCAGCAGCAGCAACAACAGCAGCAGCAACAACAGCAGCAGCAACAACAACAGCAGCAACAACAACAGCAGCAGCAACAAUUGCAACAGCAACAACCACUUCCUAAGCCCAUCGAAGCCCCAGUUCCCGAACCGGUUCGCACAGAUUCUCUACCCAGCCAAGCAUUCAUAGAUGCAGUUCAACAACAACAGUUGGCUCAACCUCAACCAGCGGCAGUAACAGCCGUUCCGAUGGUUGUUACUCCAACACCUGCACCCACUCCCAUACCACAACCCCAACACGUUGCGAAUCCUAGUGAAUCAACACCGACGACUGGCCUUCCGCCAUCGCAACAGGCUGCCAUCCCAAAACGCUUGACCAAUGAAGGAAGCAAAAAGCGCCGCAAUUACCGCUCUACCGAGCGUAAUCCAAAAUUGCAGGUGCUUGGGUUCGAAAAUAACAUCGUCGAGUGUGAAAUGGAGAACCGACCAAAGACAAUUACUUUUAAAUUUGAUGCAAACAACGUCAACCCAGUGGAGGUGGCACAAGAUUUGGUGUUAAAAGACCUAUUGACCGAGGCGCAAAGGUUAGUCUUCAUUGAAAUGGUGCGAGACAUUCUUCGACAGCUGAAAGAAAACCCAAACCAGUUGCCGGUAGCUUCUCAAUGCUGCAGACGGAAUACCGAGAAGGUGCGUCAUGCGUCCUUAACUCGCCAGCGUUCGAAUUUUAAAACACACCAGAGACAUAGAUCACGCGAUGAGACUUCGACUACGGCGUCAAACUUUUCGCACAUGUUCGACCCGACCAUCAUCGACCGGCAGGCACUGGCAACGGCAGUAUCCAGUACGACCAAUUCUUCGGCAUCAUCUUCACCGCUGUCACAACAGCAUCCUGGUGGGACCAAUGGGGAGCUGCAGAAAACACUGUCAGUUGAUAGCGGCGGAAGCAGUAGUGCUGCGGCUGGCAACGACAAUGCCGACGCGGCAACUGAGGAUCAUGGGUCCAAGGGUGAUUUAAAGGAUAUCGUCACGAUUGGGGAACUUGGUGGAGGGAACGGCGAAAUGACAACCGUUACACAUGUGUUGAUUGAUGACGGAGCGAACGAUAAUAACAGUAGUUGCGAUGAAAAUUCCAGAAAAACUAGUACUAUUAGUACAGAUUAUACAUCGCACGAGAACACGCCGGAGAACACGGUGACUCCGGGUAGCCAAAUACAACAGCAGUUCGUAUACAACGAGCUAGAACAGGACGGAACUAGUACUGCACCGACGCCGGCAACAGUCACAUCUGAGAAUAAGGAUACAGGGACCGAUAAGACGGAUCAGUGUAUUAUUACAGUGCCAUUAGCCAGUAAUGAAGAGCAAAAUAAAGUCACUAACACUACUACUAACAGUAAUACUGAAUACUCCUCUAGUCAACCAGUUAGCUCGCAGAUUUCUGCUACGGAUAGCGAUACUUCUACCACUAUAGCUGCAACCGAACCAACAACCACUCCAGUUACUACCGCAAACAAUACACAUGUACCAAGCAAUGGUCCUAUCGAUUCCCCAAGCGUAGAAAAAAUGAAUCAUCUAAAAGAAAGAAAAAUGUCGCGGUUUUCAGUUACGCCAGUCGUUCUUCCCAGUGAGGAGACCACUGUAGUUACUGGUGCCGUCGAUCUAACGCAACCCUCAUCAUUGCAAAACGAGAUGGCCCCUGCUGUAGCUGAAGCUCCUGCUAUGUCAUUCACGGAACAACAACAAAUCGAAGCCAUGCAAGCAGAGCAGAAUUACGUUCAAGCUUCGAACGAAAUUCUUCAACAGCAAAUGCUUUUCCAGCAGCAGCAGCAAAUGGAACUGUACCAACAGAGAUUAAUUAUGGAACAGCAAAAUCAGCAAGAAGCGGAGCUUCUCGCACAGCAGCAAUAUCAAUUACAAGCCCAGCAUCGGCAACAGCUGCAACUACAGUUCCAACAGCAGCAGCAGCAGCAACAGCAACAAUCGUCACAGCUUAUGUCAGACAUAGCAACUGCUGAAUAUGAGCUCCAGCAGCAGCAGCAAAUGUAUCAGGCACAAAUGGCACAGCAGCAGCAAUAUCAACAAGCGAUCAUUCAGCAGCAGCAACAGCUGCAACAACAACAGCAAUCAAUUUCUGCUCAAGUCUCAAUCGAUAAUACAUCACGUGAUUCUUUGCCUAGUCGUAUGCCAGAAACGCUUGAACAGUUAAAGAUUGGUCUAGAAAGUAUCACCCAUGUGCAUGUUAUAACGAGCAAAACUUCUUCCACUAGUCUGUCCAGCACAUCAGCGCACUCUUUACAACAACCGAUCCAGCAACAAUCACAAGAUCCUCAAGGACAGCUUCCGCCCAACGAAUAUAUCGUCCAGCAGCAGUUUUAUCAAGCACAAGAAUACGUCCCAGAAACGCAAGCUGAAGUUGCGCAAGAAUAUGUCCUCGAUGGUAACCCAGCGCAGGUUGAUUUGAAUAUACCACAACAGCCGCAUCUGCUCCAAACCCAGCCUCCUUCGCAGGAUAUAUCGAUGUACAAUUCUCGGCGCACGUCGGCUGACAUUAACGUGCAAUCAGUGGAUGCCCAACAGCAGCAACUGCCCGGAUCUGUGCCAAACUCGGUAGCGGCCGUUAGUGCAGCAGGAAGCGAUGCUAGUACACCCAAUCUGCGCGACCAGGAGAAGCGUCUUUCAAACCAGGGUAGCGUCGAUCGCAUUGAUAGUUCUGCGAACAAUUCAUUGGCUGAUCUUAAUCAAAAGUUAGCACAACUGACGUCCGCUCAAAUUAAUGAGCCUACAGCAGUGCAACAAACGCUGCAGCAUCCAAAACCACCCCAACUGGCUGCAUUCGAACACCAUCAUCUACAAACACAGCACAACUCUGCCGUGACUAGCCCUUCGGUAGAGUACGCUGAGCUCAAGUUCCCGAACGAGGCCAAGCCAAUGGUUCGCAAGGUAUCUCGCUUUCAGGUUCAGACGGUACAAGAAUCUCCUAAAAUUACCCAGACGAAACCGCUUCAUAAUGAUACUCCGCAAAAUGCUGUUCAACAACAACAGCAGCAGCAGCAGCAGCUAAACCAGCCAAAAACCAACUACUCUUCCCCAACAGACGAAAAGCCCUGCCAAACAUUCCCCGCGCAGCAACAGCUCGUCUGUGAAGUCCCAAUGGCCAACGAUCUUGAAACUAAGCUUAAUCAAGUAAUUCCCAAGACACCCAAUGUAGACACUGUUCAGCCGAACUUUGCCGCUGUUCUUCAGCAGCAACAAUUACAGCUACUUCAACAGCAACAAAUGCAGCAAACUCCUCCCCCGCAGCAGCAACAACAACAACAACCUUCAAUGAUUCCAGCAGUUCCUAACCAACAACUACAACAACCAGUACCACAGCAGCUCAUUCAGCCUGUUAUGCAGCAACAAUAUCAUCAGGCUUUGCCACAGCAAUCUCAACAGCCCCAAAUGCAAAUGCAGCAACAGCAGCAACAACAACAAUUAGCUCCCGUUUCGAUGCAAAUGACACAACAGAUGAUACCGGUGCAGAAUGUAAACAACACCGCUGCUUUGUAUUCAGAUCAAAACGCCGUGGAAUCGUUCAGUAGCGAAGACAUCGGCCAAAACCUAGUCGCCAUUCAAAAUUACCUGCGCAGUAUGCAGCUUAUGCCGAGCGCCCGGCAGCAGCUACAACUGUUGGUGCAACGUCAGCAUAUUGAACACGAAGAGCUCAAGCUUCGCCACUUUCUCGAGCUGGAGAAAUUUCUUAAGCAACAGAAGGAGGAUAUGAAACCACCUGCGAUUCAAGCGCAACCACCGCAACAACAACAGCAGCAGCAACAGACACAGGUUCCAGUGUCGAUGCAGACCCCGCUGCCGCUGCAGGCGGUCAUAGCGGACAUCACAUCACCCACUCUGACUGUGAGUCGGGGUUUUGACACAGUUACGAUAACUACUGCUUCCUACAGUAACUACAAUAACACGAUCGGUAGCACCGGUAGCGGUGGAAGUGGGCCCGAAAUGGAACCCGACCCUACGCUUACAAUUGUAAAUGAAACCAACAAGUAGAGAGAGGCUGGUUUGCUGACUUGCUGCCACACCGUCUAGGUUAACGUACACAGUAAAAAUUAGACCUACCAUAUGUAGUAGUGGCCUGACUGUAGAAUGAUUUUCUUGUUAGAGGAAUUUACUGCGCUAGUAAAAACUGCUUUAUGUUUUGUAUGAUGAAGCUACCGUUCUGUUGGCAACUGGUUUUACCACUGAAGGCAUCACCUGUCGCUGGCUGAAUUUACGUAAUGCCAAAAAUUAUUAUCACUCUCAAUCCCUAAUCGUGUUACACAAAGGAUUGCUGAACGUUUUCGACUGCGGAAAUUGAACCAUUCUUCACACCGUGUGGAACACGCAACGAUUUCAUUCCAGUUUAAAAAUUUAUCGUUGCGAUUUCUCGCUUGCUGCAAACGGUUCCACACAAAUAAAACCCGCUUUUCGACUAUUACUCUUUACGAAAAAAAAAAAACAUAACGAUUGCGCUGUGUGCAUUGAUGAUAAUCUCGUUUUUUUUUUGGCUGCCCCGAAGUAGAUUUAAAUAUAAAAAUUCUGCUGGACGGUUUUUUGAAACAUGCGAAAAGAUAUUGUCUAUUCCCAUAGAACAGAAAAGAUAUUUACUCACUAACGACGGCAAAUGCAAAAAAAAAAUACCCGUAUUGUAAAAUGAAACGAGAAUUGUAAAAAGGGAAUCACAAUAUAGUGUAUAUUUUAUAAUAAUUGCGUAAAAUUAUUGAUAGGCGCUUUAUUUUCUAGACGAAAUAUGCAUGCAUGCAGUUAGAAAAAAAGGAAGAAAACAGGACAAUGAUAGGCAUAGUGAUGUUUGAAGGUCGCGAUCCUUUCGGCCGGUUCUUAGAAAAAAAAAGAUACACGAUCGAGAUGCGCUUUUAAGGUUGAACCCUAUCCGUAAUUGAUUUUCCAUGUACUAACUAUCUUGGAAGUGCUUUUCACAUCUCAUCAUGGAAUUCAGUACCGGCUUGGCACUCGCUAGAACAAACAUAGAUGUGUAUGCGUUUAAUUAUCCUCUCACUUGCUCUAUCUCUGAUUCUCUUUUGCGAAAAGAGUAUAAGUCACAAUCUUUGGAAGGAAUAGGCGGGCAUUGAUAAUUUAACUGAAGCGAAAUUAUGCUAGAAUUGAUCUAACAAACAAAAGGCGCCAACAAUCAUUGUGAGGAACAAUGGAGCAAUGUCAGUUACUAUACUAAUUGUGAUGCAUGAGAGAGACGAACACGGACUGUUUUGAAAUAUUUGAAUGUAUGGUCAUGACGUAAACGAGAUUCCAAGGGUAGAUUAUCGAGGUAAACAAGAAAUGCAAUUGAUUGGCAAUGCAAGGAUAGAGCAGAGAGGAAAACAUUCUUCGGAAACAAACCCAGAUUUGACAGGGUUCGCAUUACUUUAUUGUAUUAUAUAUUCUAUUCUAUAUUUAAUGAAUUGAAAACUAAAUAAGAUAUUAAAUAUCUAUUGAAACAGGAAAAAGGCAAACGCUGCA